AUGAAUCUGGAUCAAUUAGAGCAAAGGUUGAAGGAGUUAAAGAAGAAAAGAGUGAAUGUGUCUAUAAAGAAUAGGAAGUUGGCUGAUAGAGAGAUUCAAGAAGCAAAUGUAAACCGAAAACCAAGAGUCUACAACAUGGAAGACAUAAAUGAUGUAGAUGAAUCUGUAGGAUAUACGGAAAGUUCCGAUAAGGAUAGAGCUUUUCAUUACACGGCACAAGAAUAUAUAGCAUGGGAACAAAGGCACCAUCAAAGAAAGAUAGGACAAAGUAAACGAAGUGGAAUUUCCUAUGAUCAACUCGCGAAAUUGAGCUAUGAGAAAACUCUACGGAAUCUUGCUACGCAGGAUUUGAGUGAAUACGACAAUUUUGUUAAUGAAAAAGAUCAUAAAAACAUAUCCAAGAUCAGCAGAAUCGACAGGAUACAGAAGGAUACUAAAACUGGUAAGAUAAGAAUUGCAGAUGACCAUAAGCUGGUGAAUAAGUUGGCCGUUUCUUUAGAAUCAGAGUCUAAGAAGAGAUAUGAGGCAAGGAAAAGACAAAUGGAAAGUGCCGUAAUACCAUCUGGAGUUGAGAGCUUUAUCAAUGAUAAGAAUAAACAAUUCAAUGAAAAGUUGAGUAGGGAGUCAAGAAAUUCAGAAUGA